AUGGAAGAAUCAAAUAUAAGCUUUGACUGUAUGGAAGUUGAUGGCAAAAAAGACAAAGAAAUGGUUACAAUAAACCAACUUGAAUUCAAUCUGAGAGACAUUUUGAUGGAACUUAAGAAAGAAAUGGCAACCAAUGCUCUGGAGAUAAAACAAGAAAUUAAAUAUGAAAUAAAUCAAUUAGCAUCAAAAAUGCAGAACUUCGAAGACCAAUUUACAGCUCUGGAUUUCCACGUCAAUAAAAUAAAAGAAGUCAAUGAAAAAGUUCUUCAAAAGUUAAACGACCUGGAAUUCAAAACAAAUGAUCUGGAAGAUAGCCUGAGAAGGAAAAACUUACGCUUCAGAAAUUUUGAACAAACUAGCAAAUCCGAAGAUUUAAAACAGUCCCGAAAAGAAUAUUUUACCGCUUCGGGUCUAAUUUUUAAGGAACAGGAAGAAACCAUCCAAAGAUGCCAUAGACUGUCCAAACCACAAAAUGUUCCUGCUGAAGCUCCCAGAGACAUUAUAGCCUACUUCUAUUGA